GGAAAAAGCCUGAGAAUCAAUACAGACCUGCAGGUUAUAUAGCCGCAGUAGAUAUAUCUACUACUGAAGUACACAUUUAAGUAUUGAUCUGUAGAAUGGGGGGACUGACUCUGACCCUGGUGCUGCUGUGUCUGUCUGGGACUCUCAGUGAAGAUGUUGGAGAAGACAACCUGAAUGACAUUAUGGUACAGAUUCAGCCUGAACAGGGACGGAACAUAGAGAAUGAAUACAAGACUCACAACCAGCAGGUGGAGACCGCAUCCACUACAACAACAACCCUAUCAGGAUGUGAGCCUACCAUUCAUACUGUGAUGAGAGAACUGGGGGCAAUGGAGGAGAGACUGGGAGCAACUGUUAGGUCAUUGGAAGGCAUGAGAAACAGGCUGGAAGCCAGUGAGAGACAAGUUAGGUCGUUAAAUGCCACAGUGAAUGAACUGAAGAGAUUCAAUGAAGGUAAAGUGUAUGAUGUAUGAUGUUCACUGGGAAGCAUUAGUGCAUAAUCAAUGAGUAUGUUCAAAGUGUUCCAAUUUUCAAUUGUUUUACUGUAUUAUAAGUUAACUUAAAGUAAUUCUGAUCAAACUGUAAUUUACCCAUGACAUUUUUUUUUGUCAUGUUGUUGUGCCAAUCAAGUUGUGUUAACUUAAACUAAACAGUAAUUAUUGUAAAUUAUCAAAAUUUAACUGUAAAGCUAAUGUUGUCAUGUCAUCUUAAAUCCUAGACAGGCCCCAGGUGGCGUUCUCAGCUACUUUAGGAAUUUCUGGAACCAUUGGACCUGUCAGCAAUGAAAUCACUCUGGUCUUCCGGCGUGUUCUAUCAAACAUUGGAAAUGCCUACAAUCCAACCACAGGUAUUUACCUCAAUGUCAAAAAAAUGUAUUUACAUUUUUACACACAAAGCUCAUGCUUCCAUUAGUUAGUAUGCUGUGUGUAGCUAUUACUGUAUGUUACAUUUCCUUACUUCUUAUACACUAAAUGAACAAUAAUUCUUAAUACUUUCUAUUUUUCCUCCGAUUGUAGGCAUCUUUACAGCACCAGUGAGAGGACUCUACCAUUUCACCUUCACAGCUUUUGAUUGGGGAAGGAGUACAGUGACAGGGGCAAGCUUAUGUCAUAACGGACAGAGAAUGGUCUCUGUGUAUGAUGAGAAGGAAGGAGGUUCCUCUGAGUCCUCAUCCAAUAGCGCCACCUUCCUGCUACAAGUGGGAGAGCAGGUGUACGUUGCUCUCUGGAGUGAUGGACGUCGGAUAUCUGACAAUGGCAAUCACUACUCCUCAUUUAACGGUUUCCUGCUCUUUCCCAUGUGAGGAAAAGAUGAUGAUGAAUGUGUUAGAAAUAUGCUAGAAAUGUUCAAUAUGUUUUUCUGGUCAAUUACAUACCAUAUUAUAUGUCAAAACUGUAAGAUGUUAGCGUAUGCUUGUAGGAAUGCAAGAGGGGCAUCCUGUAUUUGUUCUCAUUAGAUAUAAUAAUUGAGAUUUUUAAUUAAGAAGGCUAAUAAAAAGAAUACAUUUCAUUUUAUUUUAUACAUCUACUCGAGCAGCACCUGUACAGCAAAUAAGAGUUUUUUAAUGUCUAUAAUAUCAUCUAACCAGUAAAUUACAGAAUAUAGAUGCUGGUGUAACUAAUGAAAACUUGUUCCUCAGUAUUUGUUUUGAUAUGAACAAAAUUGUGACCUACGGCAUUGAAGACUAAUAAAUGCGCACAAUAAAAAUAUCGAAC